AGUGAAAAGUCUAGUAUUUUUCACUUAGACUUUUAAUUGCUACAGUAAGAUGUGUGAGAACCAGCUCAAACCUAAAGCUGACGCCUCUGCACAAAUUGAAGUGAUACCAUGCAAAAUUUGUGGCGAUAAGUCCUCCGGAAUCCACUACGGAGUCAUCACAUGUGAAGGUUGCAAGGGAUUCUUCAGGAGAAGCCAGCAGAAUAAUGCCUCUUAUUCCUGCCCAAGGCAGAGAAACUGCUUAAUUGACAGAACCAACAGAAACCGUUGCCAACACUGCCGGCUGCAGAAGUGUCUUGCCCUAGGAAUGUCAAGAGAUGCUGUGAAGUUCGGGAGGAUGUCCAAGAAGCAACGGGACAGCCUGUACGCGGAGGUGCAGAAGCACCAGCAGCGGCUGCAGGAGCAGCGGCAGCAGAGCGGGGAGGCGGAGGCCCUGGCCAGGGUGUACGGCAGCAGCAUCAGCAAUGGCCUGGGGAGCCUCAACAGCGAGACCAGCGGCACCUAUGCCAACGGGCACGUCAUCGACCUGCCCAAGUCCGAGGGGUACUACACCGUCGACUCCGGCCAGCCGUCCCCUGAUCAGUCAGGACUUGACAUGACUGGAAUCAAACAGAUAAAGCAAGAACCUAUUUAUGACGUCACUUCCGUCCCCAACUUGUUUACCUAUAGCUCUUUCAACAAUGGACAGUUAGCACCAGGGAUAACCAUGACUGAAAUUGAUCGAAUUGCACAGAACAUCAUCAAGUCCCACUUGGAGACAUGUCAGUACACCAUGGAAGAGCUGCACCAGCUGGCAUGGCAGACUCACAGCUAUGAAGAAAUUAAAGCGUAUCAAAGCAAGUCCAGGGAAGCUCUGUGGCAGCAAUGCGCCAUCCAGAUCACUCAUGCCAUCCAGUACGUGGUAGAGUUUGCAAAGCGGAUAACAGGUUUCAUGGAGCUCUGUCAAAACGAUCAAAUUCUGCUUCUGAAGUCAGGUUGCUUGGAAGUGGUUUUGGUGAGAAUGUGUCGUGCCUUCAACCCACUAAACAACACUGUUCUGUUUGAAGGGAAAUACGGAGGAAUGCAGAUGUUCAAGGCCUUAGGUUCUGAUGACCUUGUGAAUGAAGCAUUUGACUUUGCGAAGAAUCUGUGUUCCUUGCAGCUGACUGAGGAGGAAAUUGCUUUGUUCUCAUCUGCUGUUCUAAUAUCUCCAGACCGAGCCUGGCUGAUAGAACCACGGAAGGUCCAGAAGCUUCAGGAAAAAAUUUAUUUUGCACUUCAGCAUGUGAUUCAAAAGAAUCACUUGGAUGAUGAAACGUUGGCAAAGUUAAUAGCCAAGAUACCAACCAUCACCGCAGUGUGCAAUUUGCACGGGGAGAAGCUUCAGGUAUUUAAGCAAUCUCAUCCAGACAUAGUGAAUACACUGUUUCCUCCGUUGUACAAGGAGCUCUUUAAUCCUGACUGUGCCACCGUCUGCAAAUGAAGGAGAUGAGAAACUGUCUCACAGUCAUGGAACACACCACCGUUAAGACCCAAGCAAUGUGUUCUCGGAGACUUACGGAAAAUGUCACUACUGCAACAUUAGGAAUGUCCUGCACUUAAUAGAAUUAUUUUUCACCGCUACAGUUUGAAGAAUGUAAAUAUGCACCUGAGUGGGGGCUCUUUUAUUUGUUUGUUUGUUUUUGAAAUGACCAUAAAUAUACAAAAUAGAGGACACUGGGUGUUACCUUUUUUUUUCUUAAUUUUAUUCGGGUAUGUUUUGGGAGACAACUGUUUAUAGAAUUUUAUUGUAGAUAUAUAUGAGAACAGAGCGGUACUUUACAUGAUUACUUUUCCUGUUGAUUAUUGAAAUAUAAUUUAAGAAAAUUCCACUUCCUAGGCGUACCUACUUCUAUGUCUUUAGGUAGUUGAUGCAUGUAUAGAUGUGUAACUGUGUUGGAAAGUACUGUGCAUGUAUGUAAUAAGUAUAUAAUAUGUGAAAAUAUUAUAUAUGACUAUUACUUACACAUGCACUGUGGCUUAAAAUAUCAUCCCUUCUAGCAGUGGAGGUUCAGUCAGGCUCUCUUCCAUAAUUUACCUUAUGUGUUGAAUGUUACCUUUAUGUUAGACAAUCAGGAUUUUGUUUUCCUAGCCAAGCAUAUUUUUACUGCUAAUCAAAGGCAGGAGGUACCGAUUCAGAAAUCCAUCUAUAAAGAACACAACCUCUGGGAGA